GGUAGGUACCUAGUUCUUCAAAGUUCACACUGGUUCAUAUAGAACGCUUUCAUGCGUUUGUUAGGAGGAAUUUAAAUUUGUGAUUGAACGAAGUCCGAAUUCCAAACGCAAAGAGAGAACAUUUUUAUUUUAUCAAUAUUUAUCCUUAUCGUUUACUUCUCUUCGUGCAAUUGGCAAUACGGUAACUAUUAUUAUCAUCAUACUAUUUAUUUAAUCAGUACGUAAACCAGUUCUAGCUGUUUAGCAGCUAUUUAAAACAAGUUACUAAGAAACAGACUUCGGCAUGGCCGCUUUUAAGAAAACUAGUAAUUUCAAAAUGUUAACUAUUCUAAUGCCGAAAUAUUGUCCACGAAUUAACGCUAGAAGAAAUCUUAACCUACAAGAAUAUCACAGCAAGGACUUACUGCGUAAAUAUCAGGUUUCUAUUCAAGAUUUCCGUGUGAUCGAUUCCAAAUUUGACUCGAAACCCCUUUCGGAUUUCAAGGCCGAUGAAUACGUUGUGAAGGCGCAGAUUCUAGCCGGCGGCCGGGGCAAGGGUCACUUCGAUAAUGGCUUUAAAGGAGGAGUUCACUUAACAAAAAAUCGCGAUGAGGUAUUAAAGCUAGCUCAAAAUAUGAUUGGAAACAAACUGAUCACAAAACAAACACCAAAAGAUGGUAUCCUUGUCGAUAAAGUGAUGGUGGCUGAAAGUGUGAACAUAAAACGAGAGACAUACUUCAGUAUUGUGAUGGAAAGAACAUUCAAUGGAGCUGCAAUAGUAGCAUCACCAGCAGGCGGCAUGGAUAUUGAAACUGUUGCUGAAGAGACACCGCAUUUACUGAAAACUGUACCUGUUGACAUCUAUGAAGGCGUAACAGAUAAGAUUGCAAAUGAGGUGGCAGAAUUCUUAGAGUUUAAAGGGCCUUUAAAGAAGAAAUGUGCUGAAGAAAUAAAAAAAUUAUGGCAGCUUUUUUUGAAGGUAGAUGCUACUCAGUUAGAAAUAAAUCCCUUGGUUGAGACAGAUGAUGGAAGGGUUAUUUCUGUGGAUGCCAAGAUUAACUUUGAUGAUCAUGCGAAGUUCAGACAAGAGGAGAUCUUUGCACUGGACGAUGUAUCUGAAAUGGAUCCCAGAGAGAGAGAAGCAGCUUCGCUUAAUUUGGUUUACAUUGAUAUGGAUGGCAGCAUAGGCUGCAUGGUCAAUGGAGCUGGUUUAGCUAUGGCGACAAUGGAUAUCAUUACGCUGAAUGGUGGCAAACCCGCUAACUUCUUGGAUAUGGGUGGCGGUGUCGGACAAUCCCAAGUUUCAGCCGCUUUAAGGAUCCUAGAGUCUGAUCCUAAAGUUAAGACCGUUUUCGUUAAUGUAUUCGGUGGUAUUGUGAACUGUGCCACAAUUGCAAACGGAAUAAUUUCUGCAUGCAAAGUAAAACCGCCGAAGCACCCUCUCGUUAUUCGUUUGGAAGGCACGAACGCAAGUGAAGCUAGAAAGUUACUUGAAGAAUCCGGGCUACCACUGCAAAUUAUCAGUGAUGCUGAUGAAGCAGCCAAGACCGCUGUGAAGUUAGCACAGUAAAAAUAUGUUAAGCAAAAAGAUUUUAAAAGACAUUGAUUUACAUUAUCAAAUUUGUUUCAACAUGACAUUUUACAAAUAUAUGUAAUUAACACUGUGUGUUAACUUCCAAUGGUGUGUCAAUCGAUUUUUAUUAGAUACAGCUCUGAGAUAUAAAAUGUGUUCAUUUAAUUAUAUUAGGCAUUGUUAACCUACUAACACAAAAGUGUCAAGACUGAACCACAUCUUGUUACCAAAAAAUAUAUUUUGAGCAUCUAUUUUAAUUUAUGUAAAUCAGAUGUCUUGAAAACUGACAUUGUUAAUGUUUAGUGUAAGGAUUUUGUACAUAGGUUUAUAAAUAUAGAGAACUGUUAAAUCUA